AUGCGCUUCCGCGGGUACGAAAUCACCGGCUUCUCCCUGCUGGGCUGCGCGCUGUUGGUCUUUGCGCAGGGCUGUCGCUCCCGGCUCGUCCUGUUGGGGGCCUUGGUUGGAUUUUGGCUGGGCGGUGCUGCCUCGUAUUGUGCGUGGGCGGUGUUGAUAUAUCCGCAUCAUGUGUCGCCGCUGAGACAUUUGCCCACGGCCGAGGGAGCGCACUGGUUGUUUGGGCAUGGGCCGAUGUUUAGUCGUGGGACGGAUGAGCCGACGAGGGAGUGGAUCAACACGAUUCCGCACAAAGGAUUGAUUCGGUAUUUCUGGUGGUUCAACAGUGAGCGGGUGAUUGUUUCGUCCGACAAGGGGUUGGCAGAGGUGCUCGUCACCAAGAGCUACCAAUUUAAACGGCCCGAUAUUGUGAGACGCCUGCUAUCGCCCAUUCUGGGCGUUGGUAUCCUCCUCACCGAGGGCGAUGUGCACAAGGUGCAACGGCGCAACCUCAUGCCGGCGUUUUCUUUUCGCCACGUAAAGGACUUGUACCCCGUGUUUUGGCGAAAGGCCCGUCAGGUCGUGCAGGCCAUGGCUGCCACCGCGGACGGCGACGGCAUCGCCACGCUGGACGCGCUGGACUGGGCGAGCCGCUGCACGCUGGACAUCAUCGGCCUUGCCGGCUUGGGUGUCGACUUUGGAUCUGUCCAGGACCCGACGAGUCCCCUCGCGACAACGUACAAGUCCCUCAUGGGCACCCAGGGCCAGGCCAGUCUGCUGGGCAUCCUGCUGAUCCUGCUGCCGGCCUGGGUGGUCAGCCGCAUACCGCUCAAGAGGAACAAUGUCGUAAACAACGCCAAGCAGACCAUCCGCAGCGUCUGCAAAGACCUCAUCCGGGACAAGAAGCGCAGGAUGGCUGCCAACAGGGAACACAAAGACGUCGACAUCCUGUCCGUCGCCCUCGAGAGCGGCCUCUUCAGCGACGAAAACCUCGUCGACCAGCUCAUGACCUUUCUGGCCGCGGGCCACGACACCACCGCGUCCGCAUUGACGUGGGCAACGUACAUGUUGUCGUGCUACCCGGAGGUCCAGACCCGUCUCCGCGACGAGGUCCGCGAGCGGCUGUACCGGCCGGACGCGGAUCCCGACGCGGACAUCACCUCGGUCGACAUCGACAAGAUGCCCUACCUGAACGCCGUGUGCAGCGAGGUCCUGCGCCUCUUCCCCCCGGUGCCGCGAACCUCCCGCGAGGCCGUCGAGGACACUACCGUGGAGGGAUUCCCCAUUCCCAGAGGCUCGGUCAUCCUACUGUCGCCCUGGGCCACCAACGUCGAUCAGAACCUUUGGGGCAGCGACGCGUUGGACUUUAAGCCAGAGAGGUGGCUCGCCAAGGAUGCGGCCGACUCCAAGAGCGCGAGCGGCGGUGGCGCGAGCAGCGUGUACGCCUUUUUGACGUUUUUGCACGGGCCGAGGAGCUGUAUCGGGGCGAACUUCGCAAAGUCCGAGCUUGCCUGUCUCUUGGCCGCGUGGGUGGGGAGGUUUGAGUUCGACUUGGUCGACGCCGAGAUGAAGGACAGGGAAAAGUUGGUUGUCCGGUACGGGGUCACUGCACGGCCAAAGGAGGGUUUGCCUGUCAGGGCGAGAGUUGUGCCCGGGUUUUGA